GUUCGAUCUAAUUACGUGUUGCUAGAACGAUUAACGACCAUGACAACGCGCGCGCGGAAUUUCCACAACGUAAUUUGUAAAUUACCAUCGACUCGAUUUGCAAAUCGAAUCCCGAUCCCGGCAAAGGUGGAAAGAUAUUUUUCGCGACACCUUUUUCGAUCCGCGUACGUGUAUCCGAACGAGCUCGUACGACGUUCGUACGAUGCACGGGCGAGUACGAUAAGAGCGACGAUGAAUCACGAUCACUGUUAAUUAGCUCGUCGCUGCUCGAAACGAAGCGCGAAGGAAAGAAUCUGCCGGUGGUUCGUCGUCAUCGGAAAGAAGAUCGCGCGCGCGGAAGGCCAGCAUAGAAAUUUUUAAGUCGAGCUCCCGGAGUCCCGAGCUGGCUCGUUCCCUUCACGACCGAGCGAUCCUCUCUUUCUCCGCGAAGGGACUUCGUGGAGGGAAACGCUGAGGCAGGCCGGAUCUACGCUGCUGGUUCUCACAGUUAAGCGAACGUCGGCUUGGAACCGCACAUAAUUAAAGAACAAGGGAGAUCCCGUUUUCGUAGCAGCGGUGUCCGAUCCCUAUUUCAGUCGUCGGAGGAACGUCGUUCGUCGCGUUGCCGGUGCUCGCGCUAAUCGGCCACCUCUCUUUUCGCGAUACCUAAUUAAAGCUAAUUUCAUCGUUCGCGGUUGGGCAGUCGAUGAUGUAACGCAACCUGUUACGUGUCGCUGCGAUGGAACGCGCCGCCCGGAACUACUCACCGUCGGAUCGGAUCGAUCGUUAAACGCGAUCGCGCGCAACUGUCCCGGGAAUAAACUAAUCGUUCGUUAAUCGGUGUUAAUCGAGGUUUAAAAGCGGCGAUCUAUGCCGUUCGGCCGACAGUUUUCGCUAACCCAGUUUUCUCUUCGGAUCGAUAAACCACCGUGACGACUCGAUUCCAGUAACAAUGGCAACGGAUAGUUUUCGGUCACGGACGAAGAGACGAGAGACGUAUCGGUCGGAGUUUAAACGGUGACCGGAAUCGGGACAAAUCGGAGUUUAGGAGCGGCAAAGCGGUGUCGUCGUGAAAUUCGACGCGAGGCGCGGCAAACAAAGUGGGGCUUCGCUCGCGGUGUCUACACACGCAAUAAAGUUGCGUAACAACGGCGACGCGACGCGUCACGGUGAGAACGCGAGACGCGAGGAAGACGGAAUGAAAGAAGGUGAAAACGAGCCGUACGAACUAGGCUGGUUGAAAGAGAGCAACGACGAAAGAUCCCACGGCUAGAGGGGAAUGUGGAGCGCUCGAUCCGAGCCGAUGAGAAGACGACGACGACGAGGACGAGAGGCGGUACGAGGAUGACGCUGAGACGGACGGUGCCUGGGUUGUCGAGACUACUCGUUCUCGUGCCUGUCACCGUCUGCGUGUCCAUUUCGUACGUCGACGAUCAUCGAUGCAACUACAGAACGUUACCACCUCAAACGUUGGCCAAGUGUCGGUACGACGACGAGUGUAUGAACAAUGCUUAUUGUUGGAAUCAAGAAGCCUGCCUAUGCAAAGACGGGUACAUCGUUCACAAGAACGGCACUUCCGUCGAGUGUCUCAAAGUGGCGAGCGCUAUCGGGGAUCCCUGCGUGGCGGACGUUCAGUGUCGCGUGACCUUCGCCACUCAUUCCGAGUGCAAGCAAAACAUCUGUCAGUGCUCCGAUGGCUCUCACUACGUCGAGGGACGGUGUUACGAGUCCGUGGGUCUGGGACAGGUUUGUCAAACGAAUCGGAACUGCUACAUCAAGUACAGUUACUGCGUGACAGGAUUUUGCGCGUGCACUUUGAACUAUCACCCGAACCCGCGCAACGAUGGAUGCGUACCGAACACGGAGUUGGGCGAGGAGUGCAUGAACGAUUACGAGUGCGUCACGGAGAACUCUCGAUGCAUGGUCACGUGUUCGUGUAAAGUGGAUCAUAUACCGUCGCGCGACGGUAAACGAUGUCUGAAAGCUGCCAAUUCCGUUGGAGAACCGUGCGAGGAGCACUCUCAGUGCCUGCUAUUCCUCAAGCACGCCGAGUGCGGACCCAAUGGCACGUGUACCUGCGUCGGGAACUAUCAUCGGCGAGGUCCCGUCUGUGUGAGAAGCGUCGAGCUGUUCGCUGCAUGUAAGGAACACAGGGAAUGCGUAACGCCGAGGCAUAGGGACUCCGAAUUCACUGAGGUCCCGAACGUGAAUUGCAUCGAUGGUAUGUGCGUUUGCGCCAACGACUACAUCCUGUCGGAGGAGUUGCGCGAUUGCAUCGGAUACAGCGACAACGGCGCGGCGACGACAACGUCUUCGCGGCAAAUUGGACUUUUAUCACUGGCAUUCUUUCUCGCUUUCCUGUUACUUUGAAUUAUAAAUUGUCAGGAAUCGCGAUCGCGUUCCCUUACACGAUAAUGGUAUGAAUAUGCAAUAGGUAUCUAUUUAUUUGGCCAUCGUUCUCGUUUCAUUGUAAAUAGGAUACAUUUCUGUAGAUAGAGAAAGAAAUCGAUCGGUACCAAAGACGCGUCAAUAAA